UUGGGCCUAUUUGAAAUCUCAAUCCAUUCCUGCUCCGAUUAGGGUUUGGAUCUUCUUCUUCUUUCACAGCGAUCUAGGGCGUGUUCUGCUUCUCUACGUCAAUCUCCAGGUCCGAUCAUGGCGACAGCGUCUGUGUCUUUUAAAUCACGAGAAGAUCAUCGAAAACAACUUGAGUUGGAGGAGGCCCGGAAGGCCGGGUUGGCUCCUGCUGAGCUUGAUGAAGAUGGAAAGGAAAUUAAUCCUCACAUACCUCAGUACAUGUCCUCUGCACCUUGGUAUCUUAAUGCCGAGAGACCGAGUUUGAAGCAUCAAAGAAAAUGGAAGUCUGAUCCGAAUUAUACAAAAGCAUGGUAUGAUAGAGGUGCCAAGAUCUUUCAAGCUGAUAAAUUUAGAAAGGGCGCUUGUGAAAAUUGUGGUGCAAUGACCCAUGACAAGAAGUCAUGCAUGGAUAGACCACGGAAGCUGGGAGCUAAAUGGACAAACAUGCAUAUAGCUCCUGAUGAAAAGGUGGAGACUUUUGAACUUGAUUAUGAUGGGAAACGUGAUCGUUGGAAUGGGUAUGAUCCUUCUACUUACGGGCUUGUUAUUGAGAGAUAUGAAGCGAGGGAUGAGGCAAGAAGGAAAUAUCUGAAAGAGCAGCAACUGAAAAAGCUCGAGGAGAAGAACAGUAACCAGAAGAGUCAGGAUCAGGUUAGUGAUGAAGAAGAAGAAGAAGAUGUUGAUGAUGAUGACUUGAGGGUGGACGAAGCGAAGGUGGAUGAGAGCAAGCAGAUGGACUUUGCGAAAGUGGAGAAACGUGUUCGCACAACUGGUGGCGGGAGUACAGGAACUGUGAGGAAUCUGCGUAUUCGUGAAGACACCGCCAAGUAUCUGUUGAAUCUGGAUGUCGAUUCUGCUCACUAUGACCCAAAAAAAGCGAGAUCCAUGAGAGAGGACCCUGUACCUGACAGUGAUCCAAAUGAGAAGUUUUAUGGAGGUGAUAACCAGUACAGAGUCAGCGGGCAAGCUCUUGACUUCAAACAGCUCAACAUUCAUGCAUGGGAAGCUUUUGAGAAGGGACAAGAUAUCCACAUGCAAGCUGCUCCAUCUCAAGCUGAGUUACUGUUUAAAAACUAUAAGGUGAUCAAGGAGAAAGUGAAGUCGAAAAUGAAGGACACAAUCAUGGAGAAGUGAAAUGCUGCUUCUGAGGAGGAGAUCCCAAGAGAGCUACUUUUGGGGCAAACGGAGAGAGAAAUCGAGUAUGAUCGUGCUGGUCGUAUUAUAAAAGGGCAGGAGACUGCUCUUCCAAAGAGCAAGUACGAAGAAGAUGUGUUCAUUAAUAACCACACUACUGUGUGGGGGUCAUGGUGGAAGGAUCACCAAUGGGGAUAUAAAUGCUGCAAGCAAAUGAUACGCAACAGCUACUGCACAGGCUCAGCGGGAAUCGAGGCUGCUGAGGCCGCAGCUGAUCUGAUGAAGGUGAACAUGGCGCGCAAGGAAGCUUCAGAAGAGGAACCUGAACAAAAUGAAGAAAAGAAUCUUGCCACUUGGGGUACUGAUGUUCCCGAAGAUUUGGUUCUUGACCAAAAACGCCUUGCAGAAGCUCUGAAGAAGGAGGAUGAAAAAAAGAAAGAAGAAAGGGAUGAACGAAAGCGGAAAUACAAUGUCAAGUGGAACGAUGAAGUAACCGCGGAAGAUAUGGAGGCAUAUAGAAUGAAGAAGGUCCACCAUGAUGAUCCUAUGAAGGAUUUUCUCCACUGAUUCGUCGUUUUCGGUUGUUAUGUUGUUAUAUGUAUAUAUAGCUUGACAAAAAAUUGGCCAAGUAAUGGUCAUGCACUUUGAAGAAUUUCUUGUCCAGGUACUCUUUUAAAAGAAACAUGGAGUUGCAUUGUCUGCAUUGCUGGAUUUUGCAGUGUUAAUUGUGAAAAAGUGUUCAAAUUACGUUUUUGCUGAGGGUGUUGUAGACAUUGACCCGGUUCUAUAAUCAGUUUUCUGCAAAUUUCUAA